GAGCAUAACGGAGUUGCGAACAUGUGGGUUCGGUUUGCAAUGCGUCUAGCAGCGAAGUGGGCUGCUGGAGAUAUGGGAGAAACCAUCGUGGACAAUGUCGUACGCUCCCUCGCUACGCUGCAGUAUCAUCCUGAUAUGGCGCAUGACGCAACCUGUCAGUUUAUGGAGGAUUACAAGACAUUCUGCAAGAGUUCUGUUGUCAGUGAUGAUAUUUUCAAACGGCUACUCAAAGUGGCUUGGGUGAACAGUUUUUCUCUGGUAACUGACUUUGGUACACCCAUCGGCGUCGCACUCUGUAUUCGACUCAGUGUUGAGAAUAACGGAGUUGCGAACAUGUGGGUUCGGUUUGCAAUGCGCCUAGCAGCGAAGUGGGCAGCUGGAGACAUGGGAGAAACCACCGUGGACAAUGGUAUG